GCUGAGCAGACUGGGAUCAUAUUGUGUGUGACGAAGGUGGCAAUUUUCUCUCUACGUCAAGCCUUGUUUCUCUUCUGCUUCUUGGUAUAUAAAGCGGAGCCUCUAUAGUAUCUGAGGAAAACUUGAACCUACGACCGUGGGGCUCUUUUUAGGCCCUUGACCCAGCUAGACGAAAGGGGCUUGAUCCCCAGAUUGAACAAUCCUAAACCUUCCAUACCGCAAGAAAGAUGUCCCUGCUAAAGUUUGUAAUACUUCUGCUUCCUGCGAUAGUCACUACUGCUCCCUAUAACAAAGCCGGGCCAACAUUGCUCCGAUUGGACACCCUCCAUGGAAGAUCCCGCUUUAGUUCCAAGGCUGAGGCUCCUGGUGUCUCCCCUCUUGCUUUCUUAAAUUCCCCCGUUGUCAGGAAAGGCGAGGCAGAUUCUGAGAAGCCCUUGUCCCAAGGAAUUCAAGGUAGGGGGUCCAGAGACAGCAUGGAAGAAGCGGCCUUCCGGAGAAAGAUGGUGUGGGAGAACAACAUCAAGAAAGAGAAGACAAGGUCCCAUCCAGACCAGGUUCUGCCACUGGCACAGGAAGCACUGAAGAGGUCAAGGUGUAAUGCUAUGCCCUUUGUCCAGAACAUCUACAGGGAAAACUGUGCCCCAAUACGGAUCCCCAACAAAUUCUGCUUCGGCCAGUGCAACUCCUUCUAUGUCCCCGGCUGGCCAGCCAGACUGUCCCAGCCUUGCACUUCCUGCUCCCCUAUAAAGUCCAGACGCAUCUCUAUCCCCCUGCAGUGCCGCGGGGGCCGUCUUUUCUGGGAGGAGGUGGUCCUGGUGGAGGAAUGCGGCUGCGAGACCCGGUACGAGCGCGAGUUUGCCAGCGUCGGCAGCGGUGAAGGCUACCUGCCAGUAUCCUAGGAUGGAUGGCGGCCUUGUAGACUAAUAAACUCCGUCUGACACAGGGCCUUUGUGAUGGCCUCUAAACAGAAUCCUUUGCCACAGGAAAAGUUGGACUACUUAACGACCCUAAAAAUGGCAAGCGUUUUUAGAAUAUUGGACACUUUUAUUGUAUUUUUUUUUUUUUUAACUGAAAUUUGUACAUGAGAUUCGACGUAGCCCUCUUUAUGGAAGGGGGCAAAACUAGCGUAAAUUCUGGAACCGAUUACCCUUUUGCAAUUGGCUUUUUGCGGUUGCGAUUUUUGCACAUUCCCUCCUGCAACCAGACUUCUUGGAACGGACGCUACGCCCUCUAGUGUCCAAUAUGGGUAACACGCUUUUAGCGGCCGGCUGAUUUUUUUUUGAGAAGUCUAAAAUGUUAAAAUUCAUUUUUUAUAUUUUUGUGUAUUGUCUGUGCAGCUGAUCUCUAGGUUGGUGUUGGGUUAUAAACCAAAUGGUAUUGCUGCUUAGACUUUUUUAUUUUUUUGGGAGGAUUUGGAACCCUGCUGUUCUAGUGCUAUUCGACCCUCCCAUUAGUGUUGUGUUUUUUUUUUUUUUUGCUGUUGGCAAUAGUGUUACCUAGGAUUGCACCCAUACUGGUAUCUGUCAGUGCCAAUACAAGCACUCUGAUACCUUUUGCAGUGUGAUUUGAGCCCAUUCAAAAUGGGCUCAAGUCGCAUGCGGUGCGAUUCCUGUCCAAAUUGUGUGUGGGGAAACCCGAAUGCGAUUUUUGGCCUAACGGAUUUUACUUUUUAUUUUUUCCUUUUGGUUCUCAUCCUGAGCAUCGAUCUAAGUAGAUGGUUGCUGAGGUCAUGAGAAGCACAAGAUUUUUUUUUUUUAACAGAAGUUUGUACUUUCAAGUAUGUCGCAUGGGGAUUGUGUGCUACUUUGCUGGAGUUAUCCUCAGAAGCCAAUCAGAUCAUUCCUUCUAUUCUCUAACCUGGACUGUUAAAGACUCAAACAUCUGAUUGGUUAGCAUCAUUAUUUCUUACCCACUUAUACUUGAAGCUUAUUGACUCUGACAACGCCAUUGUGUGCUGAAGGCUUGAAACCCUCUGGCAGGUUCUAGAUUUCUUGGGAGAUUUCCACUUGCCUUUUCUGGUGACCUAUUUAUAUUUUAUUUAGAUUUCCCUUCAGUCCCUGUCCUCUUGACGAUGGUGACCAGGAUUGAAAGUGGAAACUCAUCUCCUUAACUGGGGCACGGCAGCCCCAAAAGGUUCUAACCCCCAAAAAAAUUAUGGAAAGGUUUUAAAUCAGGGGGGUCUCAAAC